GAACAUCGCAGCGUGAAUUUCAUCCCAGGCGUAGGUAUCCAUGGCGGUUGAAUGCAAGUCGGUAACGGGACAUCGAAUCCGAAGCACGAUUUCCUCGAUUGGCACGAUACGGGCCUGGUGUUCUGCGGGCUCAACAUUCGGGCCUGAAAGACCGGGUACCAGUCUUUUGGGCUUUUCGAUUCGAUCCCGUACCAGUCCGCAAGGAUGGGCUUCAGUGGGCUCUGGUUCAUGCCUCUGGGAUGCAAACUCUUUGGCCCGGGCUUGAGCUCGGGCUUCUCCGUUCAAAAUUAUAUACUUAGUAAGAGAUUGCUAUCUGUAUCCUCG